AUGGUGGCUAGCAUAAAAUCUGUUGAAGAAAUUGUGGAUAUUGGAUCAUUUGCCCCAGAGGAGAUCCAUAUUCCUAAGAUUUAUGUUCAUCGUCUUAUAAAGGGAGAAAAAUAUGAGAAAAGAAUUGAGCGUUUGUCAGUCCGGAAAGAAGGGGACGGAAAAACCGAAUCUGGUAAACCUGGAGAUAAUGUAAGAGAAUGUAUCAUCAAGCGAGCAGCUCUUGAAUUUGAGGAUGGCAUGUAUGCUAAUUUGGGCAUAGGUAUCCCUCUUCUGGCCAGCAACUAUAUCAGCCCAAAUAUGACUGUUCAUCUUCAAAGUGAAAAUGGAAUCCUGGGUUUGGGCCCAUAUCCAUUAGAAAAUGAAGUUGAUGCAGAUCUAAUCAAUGCAGGCAAAGAAACAGUUACUGUUCUUCCAGGAGCAUCUUUUUUCUCCAGCGAUGAAUCAUUUGCAAUGAUUAGAGGAGGACAUGUCAAUCUGACAAUGCUAGGAGCAAUGCAGGUGUCCCGAUAUGGUGACCUGGCUAACUGGAUGAUACCUGGGAAGAUGGUGAAAGGAAUGGGAGGUGCUAUGGAUUUAGUGUCCAGUGCCAGAACCAAAGUGGUCGUCACCAUGGAACAUUCUGCAAAGGGAGAUGCACAUAAAAUCAUGGAGAAAUGUACAUUGCCACUGACUGGAAAGCAAUGUGUCAACCGCAUUAUUACUGAGAAGGCAGUGUUUGACGUGGACAAGAAGAAGGGGCUGACUCUGAUUGAACUCUGGGAAGGCCUGACAGUGGAUGACAUACGGAAGAACACUGGGUGUGAUUUUGCAGUUUCACCAAAACUCAUGCCAAUGCAGCAGAUCACAGCUUGAAAUAUGGAGUAGACAUUUGUCCCAGGACAUGUGUUUUUAUUUUUUCAUUUUAACUACAUGGGAUUUCAUUGGAAGGAAGUCAGUAAUAAUAAUUAUAUAUUUAACAGCAGUUUUUGACUAGUUUUCUUCUUGUAUUUUAGGAUUUUUACUGCUGUUUUUCUUUGUUCUCUCAAGCAUGCUAUGGCAUUGUAAUGUAAAACAAAAGGAAAACAUAUAUAUUUUAUUUGUUUCAUAUGUGCUAAGAUGGCUUUCUUUACAAUUGGUGCUCACAUUGGAUUUAUCUUCACCUUCCGUAGCAUAUAUGUUAAAUUAAAUGCUGCUUUAACAAGACGGUCCCUUAGGAAGAGUUUCAUUGACAGGUUUUCCCCCCUAACCAAAUCAUAAACUGUAAAAAGAAAAAAAAAAAAAGUGAUGAGAGAGAAAAAUACCUCACCCAGAGUAUAAGUAUGCCUGAGGCAGCAUUUCACUAGUA